AUGUGGGCACAUUCCAUGACAGUACAGGAUUAUCAGGAUCUUAUAGAUCGAGGAUGGCGAAGAAGUGGGAAAUAUGUGUACAAACCCGUCAUGAAUCAAACAUGUUGUCCUCAGUACACAAUAAGGUGCCGACCUUUACAGUUUCAGCCAUCAAAAUCUCACAAGAAGGUUUUGAAAAAAAUGUUGAAAUUUCUGGCUAAAGGGGAAAUUUCCAAAGGAAGUUGCGAGGAUGAGCCCAUGGACUCCGCAAUGGCUGAUGCUGUUGCAGGUGACUUUGCAUUAAUAAAUAAAUUGGAUAUACAGUGUGAUCUUAAAACGCUCAGUGAUGACCUCAAAGAGAGCUUAGAGAGUGAAGAGAAGAAGAAAGGAAAAAACUCUAAGAAAGAAGAAUCGAAUGAAUUGGUUCAGUCACAAGAUAUAGAAGAGAAGUUGGGCUCUGGUGAACCAUCACAUUCAGUUAAAGUUCAUACAGUUCCUAAGCCAGGCAAAGGGGCUGAUUUGAGUAAGCCUCCAUGUCGAAAAGCAAAGGAAAUCCGGAAAGAAAGGAAAAGGUUAAAACUUAUGCAGCAAAAGCCAGCUGGAGAACUUGAGGGUUUCCAGGCUCAAGGUCACUCACCGUCUUUGUUUCCACCAAAGGCUAAAUCCAACCAGCCCAAAUCACUUGAAGAUUUAAUUUUUGAAUCUUUACCAGAAAGUGCAUCCCACAAGUUAGAGGUGAGGGUGGUGAGAUCAUCUCCACCAAGUUCUCAGUUCAAAGCCACAUUUCAGGAGUCUUACCAGGUCUAUAAGCGUUACCAGAUGGUUAUUCACAAGGACCCACCUGAUAAACCAACUGUGAGCCAGUUUACAAGAUUCCUUUGCAGUUCACCUUUGGAG